AUGAAUGAAAUACUGACUCCUACGAUUGGGGAUGAAGAGAUCCCAAAGUUAGUCGAAAAAAUUUCAUUAUUACCUUUAGUAGACCUAUUAUCAUUAAAGAAAAGAAUCGAAUUACAACUGACAAAAGAUAUAUCUUACCUAGAGUCUCAAGGAAUUGAUAUGAAUUCAAAAUUGGUCACUGAAGAUGGAUUCCCAAGACAAGACGUAGAUGAUUUGGUUAAAGUUACAUUGACGAGAACAGAUAUUAUCCAACGUAGAAAUGAUCUUACAGCGGUGAUCAACAGAUCCCACGUUCUCUUAGAAAAACAAUUAUCUAAAGAAAACAAUGCACAACAAGAAAAGAACAAUGCUAAUAACCGUUCUACCCAAUUUAUUAAUCAUAUCCCAUUUGCUAUCUUUGAAGAAGUCAAUAAUAAUGGACCUAUAGGUCAAAGUGGUAUUCAAAAUGGAGAUACUUUAAUAUCGUUUGGAUCGGUAAAUGUAAUUAAUGGUGGAUUACAGGGACUAUCAAAGGAAGUCUGCUUGGGGAAGACAAUACCAAUUAAUGUUAAAAGAGAUGGAAUUUCACUAACAUUUAGUGUAACUCCGAAUAACCAAUGGGGUGGUCGUGGUUUACUUGGGUGUAAACUAACAAAAUUAUAA